AAGACUAAUACAGCUGCUGUCAGCUCUGGGAAAUGGAGCGUUAUGAGAUACUGAAAGAUAUUGGAUCAGGCAACUUCGGUGUUGCUAAGCUGGUUAGGGAUAAACAAAGUGGUGAGCUUUUUGCUGUCAAGUAUAUUGAAAGAGGCCCCAAGAUUGAUGAGCAUGUGGAAAGGGAGAUUAUGAACCAUAGGUCUUUGAAGCAUCCCAAUAUAAUAAGAUUCAAAGAGGUUCUGUUGACACCAACACAUCUUGCCAUAGUCAUGGAAUAUGCAGCUGGAGGAGAACUUUUUGAAAGAAUAUGCAAUGCUGGUAGAUUCAGUGAGGACGAGGCAAGUUUUUUCUUUCAACAACUGAUAUCAGGAGUGAGUUAUUGCCAUGCAAUGCAAAUUUGUCAUAGAGAUCUGAAGCUGGAAAACACUCUAUUAGAUGGGAACGCUACACCACGACUCAAAAUAUGUGACUUCGGCUACUCUAAGUCAAGUGUGUUGCCCAAAUCAACUGUAGGAACCCCAGCUUAUAUUGCCCCAGAGGUCCUGUCUAAAAAAGAAUAUGAUGGCAAGAUUGCAGAUGUUUGGUCUUGUGGGGUUACUUUGUAUGUCAUGCUGGUUGGAGCUUAUCCUUUUGAAGACCCUGAAGAUCCAAGAAACUUCAGAAAAACAAUUCAGCGGAUUCUAAGUGUCCAUUAUUCUAUACCUGAUUAUGUUCGACUUUCCAAGGACUGCAAGCAUCUACUAUCCAGGAUUUUUGUAGCAGACCCCGAAAAGAGGAUAAGCAUACCAGAAAUCAACCAGCAUCCCUGGUUUUUAAAGAACCUGGCAACGGAAGGAGAGGAUGGAAAACAGGAAAUUGAACAAGGAAAUUAUGGGUGUGAGGGUGUUGAAGAA